GGGGACAGCAUGGACGAGUGACUCAAGGCGACACUGAUAUAAAACUGGGUUUCCGAGGAGAAUAGAUGGUGAUGUUCAGUUCACUACCGUCAACAGAGUUUAAUAUAAGUGUGUACGUGUCUUGAAAAAACCUACAGACAGCCAUCAAUCUUCUGUACUUUUUUCCACCAUCCCACGGAUCGAAUCGAUAUUCACACCCCCGCCCACCCCCGGGGCAUCCUUCAUUCUCAAUGGAAUCACCGUCCAACCUCCAUCCCGACGACUGGGAAAGGGGCCUCAAAGCCCGAGAGAUCCGUGAAGAGGAAUGGGAGACCCAUCGAGAGUGGAUUAGACAGAUGUACCUCCAGGAGGGUGUCAAGAUCCGGGACCUCCGUAAGACACUGUGGGAGCGGUGGGAGUUCUAUGCCACUGAGGCGCAGUACAAGAAACGUCUCAGGAUAUGGCGGAUGGAGAAGAAUAUCUCGAAGCGGAAGAUGGCGGCCAUCAUCCAGGUGGCCGACCGGAGGAAGGCCCAGGGGAAGGAUACCAUCUUCGCUUGGCAUGGGCUCGUGCUCGACGAAGACAAGAUAGAGAGAGCGAGAAAGCGGUUCGGGAACCCGCCAGAGGCUUCCAGCUCGACUGAGACGCCUUCGUUCGUCACAUACUGGACGCCCAACUUCGACAUCAUUACCAGGCCAGAAGGAGCGGACGACUUUGUGGGAUGCGGCAGGAACGUCUCUCACGGCCGACGGCCGACACCCAAACUCUCUAGUUCACCAUCCAUAGAUGUCUCCUCUCCGGAGCUAACCACCGAGCAUCUCACCGCUCUGAUCGACUCGCCCAGCGGCAUCCACAGCCAGGCUCACAGCCAGGUCCACAGCCGUGCGCCCAGUCCCCGUCUCGCUUGGCUCCCAAGCAUCUUCCGACCACGUUCCGAAACCCCCUCCACACUCGAAGAUCCCAUCGCCGACAGCGAACUGGAUAAACUGAUGCUCGAAGCCGACAGCUACUGGAAAGCCAACAGCUAUUACUCUUCGCCGUCGCAAACACUCGGCGACGACGACCCGGAGACCUUCGCAUUCAGCCACAAGAUCGGCAUCGCCUACAACCAACUGAAAUACUUCCGCAAGGCUCGGGAAUGCUUCGAAAGUGCCUUCGCCGGUCGUGCGCGUGUCCUCGGCGACGAAGACCCACAGACCCUGGACUCCCUCCACUGGCUGGGGCUAACAAUCUAUCACCAAGCCCUCUCGCGGCAGCUACCGGCAUCACCACCGCCACAACCCUCCCUCGACCUCUCCGACGCCCUCCACCACCUCGAGCUCGCCUUCCAAGGCCGCUCCAAGACCCUCGGGGACUCGCACCCGGACACUCUUGCGUCACUGCACAGCGUCGGCCUCAUCCUACGCAGGCUCCACCGCCUCAGCGCAGCACAAGAGUGUUUCUCGCGGGCCGUCCUCGGCCGCGAAUCCGUGCUCGGGCCGGAAGCGCGGGAUACCCUCGACUCCCUGCACGAGCUGGGGCGCACGUGCUACCACAGCCGCGACCACGCGGGCGCACGACUGCACCUCGAGCGCUGUCUGGACGCCAGGAAGCGCGUGCUUGGUGAUGAGGACCCCGCUACGCUCACUACUCUCCACUACCUGGGGGUCACGUAUGUAGAGAGCUAUGAGCCUGCGCGCGGACGCGAGUGCUUAAGGCGCGCCUACGAGACGAGGGUCAAAACGUUGGGUGAGGAGCAUGAGGACUCU